UAUCCAGGGAUUUAUGUCAGUGUGUGGUAUCCAGGGAUUUAUGUCAGUGUGUGGUAUCCAGGGAUUUAUGUCAGGGUGUGGUAUUCAGGGAUUUGUCAGGGUGUGGGAUCCAAGGGGUUUUGUCAGGGUGUGGUAUCCAGGGAUUUAUGUCAGGGUGUGGUAUCCAGGGAUUUAAGACAGGUUGUGGUAUCAAUGGAUUAAUGUCAAGAGUGUGGUAUCCCGGGAUUUAUGACAUAAUGUGGUAACCAGGGAUUUAUGUCCUGGUGUGGUAUCCAGGGAUUUAUGUCCUGGUGUGGUAUCCAGGGAUUUAUGUCAGAGUGUGUUAUCAAGGGUUUUUAUGUCAGAUUGUGGUAUCCAGGGAUUUAUGUCAGGGUGUGGUAUAUAUUCAGGGAUUUAUGUCAAGGUGUGGGAUCCAAGGGUUUUUGUCAGAGUGUGGUAUCCAGGGAUUUAUGUCAGAGUGUGGUAUUCAGGGAUUUAUGUCAGGGUGUGGGAUCCAAGGGUUUUUGUCAGGGUGUGGUAUCCAGGGAUUUAUGUCAGGGUGUUGGAUCCAAUGGUUUUUUGUCAGAGUGUGGUAUCCAGGGAUUUAUGUCAGAGUGUGAUAUUCAGGGAUUUAUGUCAGGGUGUGGGAUCCAAGGGUUUUUGUCAGGGUGUGGUAUCCAGGGAUUUAUGUCAGAGUGUGGUAUUCAGGGAUUUAUGUCAGGGUGUGGGAUCCAAGGGUUUUUGUCAGGGUGUGGUAUCCAGGGAUUUAUGUCAGGGUGUUGGAUCCAAUGGUUUUUUGUCAGGGUGUGGGAUCCAAGGGGUUUUGUCAGGGUGUGGUAUCCCGGGAAUUUAUGUCAGGGUGUGAUAUUCAGGGAUUUAUGUAAAGGUUGUGGGAUCCAAGGGGUUUUGUCAGAGUGUGAUUUCCAGGGAUUUAUGUCAGGGUGUGGUAUUCAGGGAUUUAUGUCAGGGUGUGGUAUCCAGGGAUUUAUGUCAGGGUAUGGGAUCCAAGGGGUUUUGUCAGGGUGUGGUAUCCAGGGAUUUAUGUCAGGGUGUGGGAUCCAAGGGUUUUUGUCAGGGUGUGAUAUCCAGGGAUUUAUGUCAGGGUGUGGGAUCCAAGGAUUUUUGACAGGUUGUGGUAUCCAGGAAUUUAUGUCAGGGUGUGGGAUCCAAGGGGUUUUGUCAGGGUGUGGUAUCCAGGGAUUUAUGUCAGGGUAUGGGAUCCAAGGGUUUUUGUCAGAGUAUGGUAUCCAGGAUUUUCCUGUAUUAUUUCCUUCACUCAGGAAAAAAACCAUGAUGUAGUUUUCUGCAUGAUAUCUCAAGUAAUUUUCAACAGAGUAACUUCACCAUAAUUUGACUGUUAUUUAAGGAAUUAUUGCCCUUUUACCCCCAUCAAAAAUUUCAACUGUAUUUUAAAUGUAUUUUGGUAUGGGCAGCAUUAU